AUGACUUCUACUGCGAGUCAACAGAAUCAAAACCCGGCGCAAACCUCCGCAGCCCCUGUGGCAACUCCGUCGUAUGCUUCCGCUGCCGGUGCGACCAAGAAGCCGACAUCCUCACCGCUGUCAGUGGCGGGCUCUCAUCCGCCGGUAGUGGUUGGAUCAUCUGCGCCAGCUGUUCAGAAUGGCAAAACUUCAGCUACCGCCCCCAUGAACGGCAGAAAUAUACCCCCCGCGGUCCCGACUGUGGCCACGCCCACUGUCGCUCGCGGUUCGUCCAUCGUCAAUGGUGGCGCAGACCACGCUCGCAAGAGCUCCGUAACGAUUAAUGCCAACGUCCCAGCUGGCCACAUCGCAAACGGCGGCUCCGCCGGCGGUCCCAAGGGCAUCCAGUUUGGCUUCAAUGAGUCGCCGGCUAUUGCCCACAGCACCCCUCAGGCGGGCGGACCCGCGCCGAUUCCCAUCCCUGGGAGCGGUAACCCCAGGAUCCAGUCGCCUGCACACUCUCCAUCCCCUAUCCCGCAGAUGCCUCAACAGCAAAGUGGGGGUGGCCAGCGGGCUCCGUCCGUGCCCCCGGCCCCCGUGACUUUUGGAAGCUUUCCCGGCGACAACGACCGCCAUAUUAAGCAACACCAUAAUCCAGCCGCGAUGGGCCAGAGCCCUCAUGUUAGACGUGAUUCGCAGGCCUCGGCACAUGGCGAAGGGAUCGGCCACGGCGGUCCGGCACACGGUCGGGGUGGUUAUCAGCAGGGCCGCGGCCGUGGUAAUCUCAACCCGCAAUACAGCAACUCUAACAUGGGGUAUCCCCUUAACAGGAACUUCUCGGGCCCCAACGCCGGUCGUGGUGGAGGCAUGCAGCCCUAUCACCAGGGACGGGGUGGCAUGCAACAGUUUCCCAACUCGCCGCAGCCUCAUCGGGCGAGCCCGGCAACGACACCAGCUAUGCCGCAUGUCACACCCACGAUGCAGCCUGCCGCAUUGGCCGCUGGUGCACAGCCAUACCACUACCCGGGCAUGAACCCGGCAAUCCCGCCCUAUGCUCAUCAAGUAAAUCUCCCUCUCAUUAACAACGAGCACCCACAAUUCAAGUCACAGAAAAAGAACAAGGCAGGGCGUCGGGACUCGGAGAAAGCGCCCCAUCUGCGAGCUCCCAACGCCUCCCAAAGAUAUCCCAACAUAGAAUCCGCGCAGCGGCCGCGCCGUCAAAGCAAGCGUUGGGACUCAGCGGCCGACUGCUAUCAAAAUGCCAACGGCGGCCCACCAUCGCCCGAGAAUUCGGAUGGUGUGCCUCCGUCGUACCACUUCCAACCUGGUCGCCCGGUUCCUAUGUUUUCUCCUCAUCUAAUGGAGACCAUUGACUUGUCACCAGAGAGUGGUACCUUUGAGAAGUUGCUAACCGCAAAUAAGAUGCAGAUGGGCGCCCCUUACGGCAUGCCACCGCCGAUGGACGGCUACCGCAUGAACUAUCAGUAUUCACCCCAGCCGAUGAAUCACUAUAUGCCGCAGCCUUCACAGUUUAGCCCUGCGCCCCAUCAAGGCUUUGUCCCUCCCUAUGGACCCGGGCAGCCGGCUGCGCAGCCCAUGUCCCGGAACGCUUCCCAGGUAUCCGAUCGUCCGGCCUCGAGCACCGGGCCGGCUCAACCAACGCCACCAAUCAGCCAAGGCACACCGCAGCAGCGCCCGGCUCAAGCUGCGCCAGCAAUUGUAUCCUCGCCGGCGUUCUCUCGGCCGCCGAAGAAGAGUGCCGCGAUCGUUAUCAAGGACUCGGACGGUAAGGUUGUCGAUCUAAGCGCUGCCAUGAAAGCCCCCGGUUCUCCGGCUCCUCUUGUUCAACCAUCUAAAACCCCGCCAGCGAUUGUUUCCACUCCUACGCCACCGCCGAAGCCUUCGACGCCUUCGCAUGGCCGAACCGACAGUGCUUCUACCGGGAAAACUGCGGAACAAGUUCGCAACGAGUUCAUGAAUCUAGUCCGGAAGCAGGCUGACACCCCAUUCGAAGGGAAAUCCAAGGAGGACGCCGAGGCUGCCAAGGCCGCGGCUGAUAGGGCAGCCACAGAAGAGGAGGAAGCUCGCCUCGAGGCUGAGGCCAAAGAGAAAGCUCGUCUCGAGGCCGAAGAAGCCAAAGAGAAAGCUCGUCUUGAGGCCGAGGAGGCCAAGCAGAAGCAGGCCGAGGCUGAUGCCAAGGCUAAAUUGGAGGCUGAAGCUGCUGCCGAAGCCGCCAAGGUUCCUGAGCCGAAAGAGGACAAGCAGCCAGUCGCUGCUGAAACCGAGGAAGACGAGAUGGAACGUAUGAUUCGUGAGAUGGAGGAAGAAGAUGCGCGCCGUGAGAAGGAGCAGGAAGCGAUUUCUGCGAGGAAGAAGGCCGAAAAGGAAGAGGAGGAGAAGCGUGCUGCCGAGGCUGCGAAACUCAACGCUGCUGAGAACGACAAGAAGCUGAGGGAGCAAGAAGCAGAAAUGGAGAGGCUCGAGGAGGAACGCGAGCGUCGUCGCAGAGAAGCCGAGGGCAAGGGCGAGAAGGCGACCUCUGUCAGCGACCUCCUAUCGAAGCCUAUGAGUGCGCUGAAGCUAGUCGACAACGACAAGGCUACCACCGAUGCGAGCACAAAGCUCGGAGCCGCAGACAAGGCUAGAAGCAAGCCUGCUGCUCUCAACCUGGCGCCCCUUAAGACAACGCCGGUCGAGGCUCCCCAGCCGAGUGCGGCGUUACAAUCACUCCGCUCUGCUCGUUUCUUGCAGAACGUGGACCACUCGAUCUACCCUGCGGGUAUCGCCUCGCCUAACCCUGCGCUCAAUGCGGCGGUCCACAAGAAGGGGAAGAUCUUCAAAUACGAUGCCCAAUUCUUGCUGCAGUUCCAGCAGGUUUUCACCGAACAACCCUCCGAGGAAUUCCACCGGCAAAUCAAGGUCCUCAUCGGAGACUCGGAAGGUUCCCGGUCUGCUUCGGCUCGUACCCCAGGCGCCGGCUCCGGCAGACAGAACUCGCGGGCCGGUGCCUCUUCUGCCUUCCCCUCUGGCGGCGCCAUGGGCCAAUUUGGGGCGGCCAAGACAUUGCCUCCUGGUACCACCUCGGAGCAACGCUUUGCCAUGUCCCAAGGCAACACGACCAGACCCGCCAUGGGCUCGAUGGGCGGUUUCAACUCCCGGGGUGUCUUCCCUGGUACCCAGAUGAGUCGGACACCGUCGUCCAAUGCGGUCGGUCUGCCCUCACCCCGGACCGGAAGCAGGCGCGGGGGUGGCAGUAAGAGAGAUUUCGGCAGCGCCAAGGCUGAGGCGCAGGCUGCUAAGACCAUGCCUCUGACGCAAGGCCAAGAACUGAAGCCUAUUACCGUAUCAGCGACAGGCUGGAAGCCUACCAGCGUCGGCAACAAGGCCGCCCAAGCGCCCACUGCGGUCGCUCCGGGCGGUCACCUCGACCCCGGAAUGGUGCAGCGCAAGGUCAAAGCCGCCCUUAACAAGAUGACCCCGGAGAACUUCCAAAAGAUCUCGGACCAGAUUCUUACCAUUGCCGCUCAAUCAAAGAACGAGCCCGAUGGCCGUACUUUACGGCAGGUCAUUCAACUUACAUUCGAGAAGGCAACAGACGAGGCUCACUGGGCAUCCAUGUAUGCCAAGUUCUGCAAGUGUAUGCUUGAGAAUAUGAGCGCCGACAUUCGUGAUGAGAGCAUUCUCGACAAGGCCGGAAAUGUUGUCAGCGGCGGUGCUUUGUUCCGCAAGUACCUCCUCAACAGAUGCCAAGAGGAAUUCGAGCGCGGCUGGAAGGUGGAUCUUCCGCAACCAAAGGAAGGGGAAGACAAGAAGGCGACUGAGGCAGCCUUGCUGUCAGACGAAUACUACAUCGCUGCUGCUGCCAAGCGUCGUGGCCUGGGUCUUGUCCAAUUCAUCGGCGAGCUCUACAAGCUUGGUAUGCUCACGGAGCGCAUCAUGCACGAGUGUGUGCGCAAGUUGCUUGAGUUCACCGGUGUCCCUGAUGAGGCCGAGAUUGAAUCUCUCACAAAGCUUCUCAAGACCAUUGGUGGCAACUUGGACAGCACGGAAAAGGGCCAGGGCCUACCAAGCCGCCUCAUGUUCAUGCUCAUGGACAUCAUCGACUUGCGAAAGGCCGGGUGGGUCUCCAAGGAGGCAAACAAGGGUCCCAAGACUCUUGAUGAAGUUAGAGCCGAGGCGGAAGCUGCUGCUGCACAGAAGGCAGCUGAGAGCGCUCGCAGCCACCAGCGUGGUCCCCCUGGUGGUGGUGGUGGCGGUGGUGGCCGGCCAAUGGGUGGUCGGGGCGAGUCAAGGAACUUCUCAUACAACAACUCGGUUCCCAACCAGGUUGGUAUGGAUGAUCUCAGACGCCUCAAGGGAUCUUCAAGCCGUACCUCGAGCCAAAAUCCGUCCUUUGGGCCCACAUCCAUGUUCAACUCUCGGAGCAACAGUGGCCGCACUCGCCUUGGUGGCCCUGGUGGUGCUUUUGGUCGUGCUGGUGAGGACUCCGGUGCAUCCUCGCGCACUGGGACACCGCCCUCCUCACCUGAGUUCCAGGACAACAUUGCUAACCACAUAUAA